AAAGGAAACUUCUUGCGGAGUUUUGUGUCACCUGCAAAACAUUCUCUGAGUCAACCAGCGCUUCUCAAAUCAAUUAGUUGUCUCAUAAUCAGAAACAACAAUCUGGAGCACAAUUGAAUAUUAAGAUAAUAGGAGAAGAAAGGGAAGUUGUAGAUUAUAUCGAUCGAAGAAGACGACAACAAAGACGGCACUUAUCAUGUCAAUGCUGACACCGCACAUGCCUUCAAACAUGCCUGGAGCUUAUAGUGGACUAUCUGCAUUGAUCCAAGCGGCUACAAGUCAGCUUGGUGAUUUCACAGAAAUUGAUAACUCCGAAACGAGCGCACUUCUUGAGUCACCUCCGAUGCUUUCGAAUCCAACAACUCCAACAUUUGAGGGUCGACAGCUUCUGGAGCUUAACGUAACAUCAUCGUCGUCAUGGCGACGAGGGGAAUCUACAAUAGCCACCGUGACUCCACUGGUGUCGUGUGUUCGACAUCAAGAACCGGAAGGUACGUCGAAGUGUUGCUUCCCAGAGGUGCUGAUGCUUCUGUUAUCGAACCCAAUCUACGCAGAUGUUGUUACGUUCCUGCCUGAUGGCAAAUAUUUUGCCAUACGAAGAGAGGAAUUUACAAAUCAGCUCCUAUCCAAGCAUUUCGGGCUAACAUGCUUCGGAGAUUUCCUCGAGGUAGCAAAGGAUUGGGGAUUUAUUAGGGUCAAUGGUAAGAUAAACGAAGGCGAUGACAAUGCUGGUGAUAGGAACAGUAGCAUGAACAAUAAUGGCAAUAACAGCGAUGCCAACGAGUGUACCAAUAUCACGGCAAAAAUUAACAGUAGCAAAGCAGAAAUUUACGUCUUUCGACGUUUCCAUUUCGAGCAGAAUCAACCUGUAGACACAAACAAGGUCAGAUUCAAGAAUGGAGAUGUUCAAAAUUGUCAACAACUACAUGGUUCUUCCAUAGAUGACAAAGACACACCAAAACUAUCGAAGAAAAUAUCUCGCAAUGGAAAGAAGAGCAAGGAAAAACGAAAGCUAUCUUCUUCCCCUACAAAUGGGGAGUCUCAAAAUAGUGCCCAAAGGUUAAGAGCAAACUCGAAGACAAAUUCAGAUGGUAUAAAUCCAAUCCCCCUUUCAGCUGGAUCUUGCGACCGACCGAUCCACCAACUGAGGCGUCGGUCUUCGUUGGAGCUAUGGGGUAUGGCACAAGCCAUCACUUCGUCUAAAAUAUGUACGAGAAACGGAAGCGAAAGGGUCAAAAUUGAUGUUAUCAGCAAUAUGCGGCAUUCUUCAGUGAUAAAGAAGUCUAAUACCAGCUCCUAUCCGAAAGCACCGGAUCCUAUUAUGCCGCCGCAACUAGAACGGCAGUCUACUGGAUCAUCUCUCGUAGAUGGAGGAGUAGAGACUGCCACGCAUACUAUCGUCACCGAUGCUAUUGAGGCCUUAUUGUUCGACGAGAAUCACACCAGAGAAACUUACAAUAGGCACGAGAAGGAGUUGUCUACAUCCUCUCUACCAGGUGUAGUACCGAUUAGCAAGCAACUGUUUUCUGCAAGCGACAACAAUGGCGUCAGCAGCGGCACACUAAACAUGGACAAUAAUGAAAAAUGCAAGACUAUGAAAAAAAUUCCCAAGAGUCGAGGGAAGGUAGCAACUACAAAACCAAAACCAGAUUCGUCAUCCUCGUGGCCGAUGUAUAGCUCAAUUGAAAGUCUCGAAGAUGCGUCGAAGAAGAAUGCCAAUGUAGACCCAUCUUCACCCUCAUUUUUGAAUUGUGGGAGUCUUCGAGUUGUAAUUCCAAAGGAUGGUUGUGAAUACCGACAGCAGCACAAAUCCAUUUAUGGAUCUAUGGUAGUAAGUCCUGCUAGGAUGGAAGCUGCAGCUGCUCUUGUGAGUCAAUCAAGGAUUAAAAACAGCGAAGAUGUAAUUUGAAGUGGAAAGAAUUGUCUAGUAAAACUACGAUAAUCGUGAACUGACGAAAGCUUAUAGUUCAGCCUAGCGCUCUUACAUUUCGUUCCAAGCGAAGCAAGUGUUGGAGGAACUUUUGGUUGAAAUAUUGGGAUAGCUCACAUUGAUUUCCAGGCUCAGAUAAGGAACUUUGAAGUUUCUAGUAGUAGAUGUAAUUACUCUUUUUACAUUGAAAAUUUAGUGCUACCUCUCUAGCUUUUUCUUUCAUUGUCAUCUUCGUCGUCUUCGAUAUCGGGAAGCCAAUUUCCAAACGUAUCUUCAAAAUUUUGUUGGGCUUUGUCUCCCUGUUCAUCGAAGAAGCCCUUGUCCGUAUCAAAAUCAUAGGCAGGAAUGAACCGAGCCGUUGUCCGUGGUGUCUUUGUCAUGUCCUUGGCUUUCCCAUCCCCCCACUUUUUACUAGCGCCUUCGCUGAAUAAGUCCAAAUCCGAAUUCAUAAAUUGAUACAUAUUUAAUACUUUUUCAAGUUCUCCCAGGUCGGGCCCCUCUAUUCUAGCCACUCGGUUUCCUUGGUAAAAUAUAUCGGUUGUUGGCCUAAUGGACAGACAAAAAACAGAAAUGGCCGUUAAUUUGUGCAAGUUGUGAUUUGUUAGUUGCCCGUUUCUUGUGUCAGUAUUCUGCGAAACGAACGACCGACGAAAUUUCUUGUUCAAUAACUGAGAGAUUGAUGGGUAGCGUGGAGAACUUCAAGAAUUGUAUGCCUGGUCAAAAGUUUGCAGGAAUAUCUCACAAGGUCUAUCAGCCUACCAUUCACUCACAAAAUUCAUUGACGAACACAUCAUACUCACCAACUUCGAACGUUGACCUGUUCCAGCAGUAAAUCGGCAUCUUCGUACUCUUCCAUGCAUCUCAUAAAUAUGCUUGCGGGAUUGUUUCUUGCGAAUCGCUCGAAUUCAGCCUCGGUGGCGCGGCAUUCAGCACGACUUGCGGAAGAGAAUUUAACCACUACCACAAUUCCAUCAGGUCUCUCUGGGAUAGGUUGGCUAGCCAAUUGUACAAUUUGUUCCAAUUCCUCGAUCAAGCUCAGUUCUUUGACCAUGUAAGAUCCCGACGCUUCUCCGUAGUAUUCUCCCUGCGCGUCGCCUACCAUAUUUAGCUUGGACUCUUGCUGCCAGCGUGGGUGGAGACGAAAGUAUGUAUCUUUUCGAGUGUCAGCAGUAGCGGCAGUUGUCAACGCAGAACAGCCACAACUGAUGGAGACAUCGUCGUUGAGUAAUGUCAGACUUAUACCAC